GGCGCGCGUGCGCGGCGGGGGUGGGAGCGCGGCCUCGGCAGCACGUGGGGAACGGGACAGGGCCGGGCCCGCGGAGCCCCCGGGCCGGGAGGGGAUGCGAGCAUGGCCAUGGCCCAGGCCGGGGCCGCGGCCGCCGCCGCUACCGGGCUCCUGGUCUUCCUGCUCUACUCCGCCAUCCACAGGGUCGAGGAGGGACACCUGGCCGUGUACUACAGGGGUGGAGCGUUGCUGACCAGCCCCAGCGGCCCUGGCUACCACAUCAUGCUCCCCUUCAUCACCACCUUCAAAUCCGUGCAGACCACGCUGCAGACUGAUGAAGUGAAGAAUGUGCCUUGUGGGACAAGUGGUGGUGUUAUGAUCUACAUUGACCGAAUAGAAGUUGUGAACAAGCUGGCCCCAUAUGCAGUGUACGACAUCGUGAGGAAUUACACCGCAGACUACGACAAGACCUUGAUCUUCAACAAAAUCCACCACGAGCUGAACCAGUUCUGCAGUGCCCACACCCUGCAAGAGGUGUACAUCGAGCUCUUUGAUCAGAUAGAUGAGAACUUGAAGUUGGCCCUGCAGAAAGACCUCAAUGUCAUGGCACCAGGUCUCACUAUCCAGGCUGUGCGUGUCACAAAACCCAAAAUUCCAGAGGCCAUCCGGAGAAACUUCGAGCUAAUGGAGGCUGAGAAGACCAAGCUGCUGAUUGCAGCCCAGAGGCAGAAGGUGGUGGAGAAGGAGGCAGAGACAGACAGGAAGAAAGCACUCAUUGAGGCAGAGAAGGCUGCUCAGGUGGCCAGGAUCCACUACCAGCAGAAGAUCAUGGAGAAGGAAACGGAGAAGCGGAUUUCUGAGAUUGAAGAUGCUGCAUUCCUGGCAAGGGAGAAGGCAAAAGCUGAUGCAGAGUACUACACUGCUCGCAAGCUGGCUGACUCCAACAAGCUGAAGCUGACCCCUGAGUACCUGGAGCUGAUGAAGUACCAGGCCAUAGCUGCCAACAGCAAGCUGUACUUCGGCGACCGCAUCCCCGGCGUGUUCCUGGAUUCCUGUGCCUUCCAGCAGGCCAGCCUGAGGACUGCCCACCAACCAGCCUUCCUGCACAGGAAAGCCCAGAGAGCCCUGGAGAAAGCCCCCUGAGAGGCGAGGAGAGCAGUGGCUGAGGGAGGCACAGGGAGCCCGGUGUAGCUCAGCAGGAGCCCGGCUGUGCCCGGGGACGAGGCCCUGUGCGCUGGGGCGGAUGCAGCACCCGCCCGCCUGCCUGCCUGGACAUCUUGGGUGUAUAGGUGGCAGCUGGGUUGAUUUUCUUCUAGCAACAGAUCACAAGGGCUCUGCCUCUUCUGUUUGUCCCCCUGUGAAAUUGGUGCUUCCAAAGGAGGGAUAAUCCUGUACUAACAUACCUAUACUGGAAUAUUAAACGACAGACAGCAGGAAAGCCUCCCGGGGACUCCAGUGGAGUGGACUCUCCUUGGGCAGCGUGUUCCUGCUGGGGGCAAGGAGUGGUUUGCUGUGGAAUAGCUUAUGGGAGUAGGAUCUGCACAGCCCUGAUACUCCUGCAGACAGCAGUGCUACAUAACAACUUGGGAGGAAGCAGCCUCUGAAGGGAUUCUGUGAGCCCCCUCUCCAAGCAAGAGCCUUGCCCUGGCUGCCUGGGACUGACUGUGAUGCUCCCACUGGGUGGCUGAGUCUCAUUGCCUCCUAAACCAGAUUUUCAGGAGCACCUCGGAGCAGCUGGUUGGGAACAGAACCUGGCAAGUCUUUGCUCAGAUUCCAGCCUCCCUGUAAGUCAUUCAACAGGGAAAGGGGGCUGAAUUUCCACUGCUCUGCCGUGCUGGCAAAGUGAAGGGGAAGAGAGGAGUGAAAGGACCCUGCUGUGCAGCAGAUCAGAUGUUUGACACCUCAGCUGCAAAGUAGGUGAGGAAUCUCUGCUCCUCCAUGCAAAAUCUACUGCUCCAGGAAGUGGAACCUGCUUUGUAUGUCCUUGAGCAGCCAUGGCAAGGAGGUUGUCCCUGGUCCUCUCAUCCCUGGCCAGGCUUGCUGGCAGAUGGAUCUUCUGUCCUGAUCUGUGCUGUGAUACAUCCAACUCUGCUCCUUCCAUGGCAGGGUGAGGGAGAGGUGCUCAGGGAGGGGGGAAUCUGCUGGGACAAACCUGCUUUCUGCUUUCCCUCCUUCCUGCCCCUGCUUGUGAGGAUGUGCUUGCUUUUAGGACCUGCUCCUCCUCCUCCUCGUGUUCUGUGAGGAUCUGGGGUGCAACACCUGGGGAAGCAGCUGGCAAGAGCUGGAAUGCCAUCCUCCAGCUGGGAGCACCCAGCACUGCCUGCUGCAUGUUCAGAGACCUCUCCCUGUGCAUCCCUCCUGCUGUCCUGUCCCCUCAGAGCAGCCAUGCCACCCUUGGAGGGGCUGGGGGGUGGUGACACUCUGGCCACUUGACCUUUUGAAAUCCUCUGUCCCUGGCACCAUCUACAGCCUCAUGGGGAGGGGAGGGAUAUGUUUAUCUUGUGCCACUGGGAAACAUUCAACCCAGGCAGCUUUGCCUGUGCUGGUGAUGUCCCCAGAGGAGCUGUGUGGGUUCUGCAGUGCUGUGUCCCCACCCUGUGUGGCAGAGUCCCCAGUGGCACAUGGUGCCUCCUCCUGCUGUCCCUGCUCCUGCCCUGGCUGCCCUCCUCCAUCUCUGGGGCACAGCAGGGUUGUGUUGGCCCUGCCCCUUCUGACAUAACUGUGGGAGUUCACAGCAGUUUUGGGUGGUCUUUCUUGUUCUCUUUGCCUGCAAACUCCCGAGGCUCAGUUGAUGUUCUGCUCCAGGAUCCCAGCUCCUCUUCCAGCCCAGCCAUGGCAGGAGCAGGGCACCAGGGCAGAAAGGGGGUGGCAGUGUGUUUCAUAGUGUUUGAAAUGUCUUCUGGAAAUACUGCUUGGCUUGCAGGGUCCCUUUUUUUUGCUGUGGGAUGGCUUUGAGGAAGCAGUGUAGUCUCAUCUCUGCCCUGCCACCUCCUCAGUGUUGCAGCAGGCCCUUGGCACAGACCUCCCCUCACCCCAGCAGCACUGCUUUGGUUGGAAUUUGGGAUGAGGCCUGGCUUUAUAGGCUAGAAGCACUGCUGGAGGGAAUGCUGGCAGGAACGUGGUCUCCACAAUUUUCUUCAUGUUACUGGGGGUGGGCACACUGGGCAUCAGGAAUGGCUGGACAGAGUAGGUUCUGCCAGCCUGGAAGUGACAAGGGCAGAGGGAACUGCUGGGAGCAAUAAGCAGGCAGUUCACAGCUCCCCUGCAGUGAUCAGAGCACGAUGUCCAUGCAGGGAGCAGGAAAGCCUGCCAGGCCAGUGCAGGAGGAGCUGCUUCCCUUUGGAUCUGAGCCUUGCUGUGCCUCCCUGCGCCAUGGCUUUGCCUUUAGUGGCUGUCACUGGCCCAGUGUCCCUCUGUAUGCAUCAGCCACCUCCCCACAUGGUCUGAGGGACCCCAGGGGCUGCCCCCGUGGUGCCAGCUCCUGCAGCAGCAUGUGUGGUGCCCAGUGCCUUCUGCAGCAGCCUUCCCCACCCUUCCCUGCUUCCCCAGCCCCAGUGUGUGCAGGAGGGGGUGGCCACGGCUUUGUCACCCUGGUGUGGGCUGUGCUGCCCUCUGAGCCCCAGCUAUGAGCAGGGACGUGGCUGCAGCCAGGAUUUUGGGAUGGAACUGGCUUUUCUCUCCGCUCCCAUGGCCUGUGACUAAAGGGGUCUGUCCCUGGAUGUGCAUCUCCUUAAGGAAACACGAUACAUCCGGUCAGGUUUACAUUCACAGUUCAGUUCUUUUGAUAAAGCAGAAUAAAAUUAUUUUGUUACCAUU